AUGGUCAGUUCGACUGAGUUAAGGAAGAAGAAGGCGGGAGAAGCAGAAAGUGGGGGAAAGAGGGAGAUUUCAGAUCUGGGAGCAGAACCAAAAACGACGUCGUUUUUGGUUAGGCUGGCUAGAGUGUGGCAUCUGGGAGAAGGGAGAGCUCUCAUCGAUGAGAUCGUAUUCUCCAUCAUCGAUAGCCUCAGGGAUGAUUCUCAAGGCAAAAAAUCAUUCUCUCUCGCAUGCAAAUCCUUCCACUCCAUUGAAUCGCGUCACCGCAAAACCCUCAAGCCUCUUCGCACCGAUCUCCUCUCAAGAACACUGCAAAGAUACCCUUUUAUAUCUCGCCUUGAUCUCAAUUACUGUCCACGUAUUGAGGACGAUAUGCUUUCUAUUAUGUCUACAACUUACAAAUCUACAUUGUUGUCGAUUGAUCUUUCACGUUCUAGAUUUUUUACAAAUAGGGGUUUGUCGAGUUUGGUCAUGAACUGUUCGGCUUUGGUUGAGAUUGAUUUGUCAAAUGGGACUGAGUUGAUGGACUCGACAGCAGCGGCGAUUACGGAGGCUAAGAACUUGGAGAAGUUGUGGUUGGCAAGGUGUAAACUGAUAUUAGACAUUGGAGUUGGGUGUAUAGCUGUGGGGUGUAAGAAAUUGAAGCUGAUUUGCUUAAAGUGGUGUUUGCGUAUUAGUGAUCUGGUCAUGGGAUGA